AUGUCAGACAAGGAUGAAAAAGUUAUUACAUUUUUAGAGUUGACAAACUCUUCAGACCCAGAGGAAGCAUUGUUGUUGUUAGAGCAAAAUGAUUGGAACCUAGAGAAUAGUGUAAACAAUUACUUUUUGAUUCAUGAAGAUGAUAACAAGCAAGCAGCAUCUUCUUCAUCUCCAUCGAAAUCAUCACCCAUCAACAGUGGUGAGGGAGGAAACGUUUACUAUGAUGACCAAGAUAAUGUCAGAGCACCAAUGACAGCAUAUACAGAUACAAUGAUAGAUUCCAACGAUGUGUAUGACCAAUUUACAGGAAGAGCUAUCCCUGCCAAUAGAAGAAGACCACAACACCAACAAAGAAACAAUCCUUUUGAAACCUUUAGAAACUUUCAAGCAGAGGUCAAAGUCCCAUCUCCAACUGCCCCAACUCGCAAACAAACACAGUUGGCUGAAUUGUUCAAGCCUCCUCUUGACAUUCUGAGCUUUGGUUCUUUUGACACUGUCAAAAAGAUGGCCGAGCAGAAAAAGGCGUUCCUAUUGGUCAACAUUCAAGACGUAACAGAAUUUGACUGCCAAAAGUUAAACAGAGAUACUUGGUCGCACACUGGUCUCAAAUCUUACAUUUCAAAUCACUUUGUAUUCUGGCAAGUCAGUAAAGACAGUAAUGAAGGUGCCUACUUUGUAAAGAUUUAUCCUGUACAACAAUACCCAUACAUUGGAAUCAUAGACCCAAGAACCGGAAGAAAUAUGAUAAAUACGCAAGGCAAAUUUAUCGACUCUGAUCAAGCAUACAGUUUUCUACAAAAGUUUGUCACCUCCAAGGAACAACCUUUAGAUGAAACUGACUCAAAGGACGUAAAGAGACAAAAGAGACAUACCACCGAAGAAGAAGAACUAGAAAAAGCUAUUCAAUUGUCUUUACAAGGCGCAACAAAUCAAAACAAACAAGAUGAUCAAGAUGAACAGGACGAACAAGAUCAACAGGACGAACAAGAUGAACAAGAAGAGCAAGAAGAGCAAGAUGAACAGGAAGAACUACAAGAAGAUGAGGAUUUGUCAAUGUAUGAAAAAGAAAUAGUAGUUCCACCACCUAAUGCGACACCCAUUGUCGAUGAAACAAUUGGAAAGGUUGGUGACUGUGUUAUUCAGGUGAGACUACCAAGUGGUGAAGUAUUAAAAGGUAAUUUCCAAUCCACUGAUACUGUCCAAAAGAUUUAUUACUUUGUCACUGUCAAGAGUGGAAUCAAGAACUUUGUUCUAAUGACACCAUUCCCAAGGGUUGAACUAACAGGAGAAUUAAUUUCUAAAACUUUACAACAAAAUGAUCUUGUUCCUCGUGCAAUUUUAACAGUAAAAGAUACUCCAUAA